AUGCUGGCAAUUUUCGCUAAGGUAACAAUGUCGCCACCGACAACUGGACGACGACAUGUGAACUUUUCUUCUUCCGAAUUUUCUCCUCUUCUUCUUCUUCUUCUUCUUCUUCUUAAUCAUGUUCUUUUUUCCGCAUUUUUUCUGCUUCCGAACUUUCUUCUCCUUCAUCCAAAUUAUGUUCUUUUUCCGCAUUUUCUUCUUCGUCUUUUUUCGAAUUUCCUUCUUUUUCCAAAUUUUCUUCCGAAUUAUCUUGUUUUUCCUCUGCUUCUACUUCAUCUUCUUCCGAAUUUUCUUCUUCUUCUUCUUCUUCUUCUUCUUCUUCUUCUUCAGAACCUUUCUUCUUUUUUGUCUUCCUUUUUUUCUUUUUUCGAAUUUUCUUCUUUUUCUCCUUCGGAUAACUUUGUUCGUCUUCUUUCGAAUUUUCUUCUUUAUUCAAUAAAAUUAUCUUCAUUUCUUUUCAUUUUUCUCAAGGGAAUAUCAAAUAGAAUUUCCUUCUUUCUUGUCGCCAUCUUUUAA